AUGAUAAAAUCUAUUUUAAAACAUAAGUCAGGUAUAAAAUCAAAUAAAUCUUUACCAUCAUCAUCAUCAAUCUCUUCUGCUUCUUCUUCUUCUUCUCAAAAACCCAUUUCUAAAAAUGUUAGAUUUGAUCUAUUUUCUACAACUAUAAAACGAUUUGAUUCAGAUGAUGAACCUAUCACUAUAUCAAAUGAAAGUUCUCCAAUUAUGUCUCCAAUUAUGUCCCCUAAUAUUGACGAUAACAAUAGUAGGGGUAUAUACAAUCAAAAUGAUAAUUAUUCUUAUAAUAAUCGUUAUUUAUCCUCGAAGUCUUUCCAGAAUAAUAUUAAGAACGAGCCAUGUUGGUUUAAUAAUCUAGAUAUUUUACCGAAUUUGAUUAAUUUCGAUAAAAAAUUCUAUUAUCUUUAUAAAAAAAAUAAAUCAAUUUCCUCGUCUUCCUCCAACCCUUCUCAUACUAAUAAUAAACAACUUAACACCGGAUCGAAGAGUUUUUAUAAACAAAACGAUUUGAGUUUAUCUGAUUUUGAUUUAGAUUAUGAUGACAAUGAAGAUUAUGCAUAUAACUAUGGUUAUGGUUAUGAGGGUGAAGACAACGGUGAUGAUAUAACUAUAAACAAUUUAGAUAAUAUUCGUUCUGCUUAUUUAAAUUCAACUAUCAAUAGUAAUUAUAACAGCCUCUUAGGUUAUAACAGUGAUAAUGCCACAGAUACAGAUACAGAUACUAAUACUAAUAUCAAGAACAAAAUGGCGGGUAAUGAACCCUUAAUGUAUUCAAAUGAAUUGCUUAUAUCCGAUGUCGAUAUCAAAUGGAAAUUAAUUGAUUCUAAUGUUCCAAUAAUAUCUCAGUAUUUAGAUCUUCAGAAUGAUCAAUCGAUAGAAUCCUAUUUAAAUGGUCAAAAUAUUAAACUAUAUAGAUUGGAACAGUCAGAUGUAAAAGAAAAUAGAUUAUAUGGUUACCUAAUAGUUAAUAAUAUCAACUUUGAAAAAAUUAUUGAAAUUAAAUUCACUUUCAAUAAUUGGAAUAAUAUUCAUUAUAUUAAUUCAACUUACAGAAGAUCUUUGACUUCAAAAUUCGACGAAUUCCAAUUCACCAUUGAUUUGAAUUGUUAUAAAUUUUUCUUACAAAUUAAAGAUUUGCUAAAUAAACAUAUUAAAAUUGAUUUAUGCUGUAGAUAUGAUGUUGGUAAUGAAACUUAUUUCGAUAACAAUAAUUAUCAAAAUUACACUUUAAAACUAAUUAAAGUGGAUGAUGACACCGAUAAAAAGACAAAAGAGGAUGCUGAUUUUACUAAUAGUCAUCGUGUCGAAAGUUUGCCAUUUUCAGAUACAGCAUCAUCAUUACCGUCAGGUUUAUCAUCAUCCUCUACUUCAUCUUCACAAUAUAUGGAUUCUCAACAAUAUCCUACAGAUAAUAACGUAGCACCUUUAACACUGACAUUAAACUCAUUACAAAAAAACAGCAAUGAUUAUAUCAAUUCUUAUAUCCAUAAUCCAAAAAUAAAUACAUUAAAUGACACUAAUAGAAACAUUCAAAAUAAUAGUAGUGAUAAGGGGGUAAGUGCUGGCAUUAAUAAGUCUUUAACUACUACUGCUAAUACCACUACAAACAACCACCAAUACAAUCAUCCAUUUUUAGUCAAUAACAAAUAUAUUGUUCCAAUGACAUCUAGACAAUUCAUGAAUAAUAGAUAUAUGGGCCAUUCGAGAACAUUUAGUGAAGAUACAGAUUAUUACAAUACAUCACCAUUAAAACAUCUCUAUCAUAAUGAUACUUGUGAAUUUGUAAAGAAACCAGCAACAAUAAAUGAGGUCUUAAACAUUGAGACUAAUCCAUUACCACUGCCAGAUACACUGCCAGGCCCUUCUAUUGCAAUGAAAAAAAUCCAUAUAGAUUUGUUAGAUCCUUUAAAUAAACAAUCUAAUACUGUUACAACAUCAGAAAUUAAUGAUAAGAAUCAAUCUAGAGGGUCUCAAGAAAAAGACAAACAAAAAGACACUACACCGCAUUUAACACAUCCAUUAGAAGAUAGAACAUUUUCUAAUUCAUCUCUAUCAUCUACAAAUUCAUCGAUAUCUUUUUCUUCAUUCCAAGAUGACAAUUUGACUGCUAAGAAGAAAAAUUCAUCGUUAACAUCUUCUACACUAUCAUCUGAUUCUGUAUCUAUUCCACAUGUAUCUGUGUCUUUAGAUAAAAAUAGCUUUAUGCCAAAUAGUAGUACAACCAUUAAUGCAAAUAAUAGUAUUAUUGAACUGAAUUCUACCAAUUUGAGUAAAAACGAAGCAAAUUGUUCCAUUAAUUAUAUGAAUCCUCCAUCUAAUUUCAUAUCAAGACAAAAUAGCGGAUUAUCAUCUAGUUCAUCUUUAAUAAGUGAUAGUAUGAAAGAUUUUUUUGAUAUUCAACAUCCAACCAUAGAAUACUUUAACAAUAACUUGACAGUUCCUUCUACCUCAUUGAAUUCUAAACAUAUACUGAAUCAACAAGAUGAAGUACAAAGUGUUGGAACAGAUACAACUUUUAAAAAUCCCUCAACCAUAUUCAAUAGUAAUAAUAACACAAAGAUCAAUGAUAAUAUAAACAUUGAUCAAAUGAUGAACAAUUCAAAAAAUUGUAAUUUAGCUACCGAUAAAACUAAUCAAUGUAUUUUUCAUUCAAAUAAUAAUUCUAACUCUAUGAUACAAAGCAAUUCUUUUAAAAACGUGGAUUAUCAAAAAUUACUACAAUCUUAUUGUUUUUAUACAUCACCACCCCCAGAUAAAGAUCCGAUAUCAAGCUUUUCAGAGUUAAGUCCAUCUUCAUCGCCUGGGUCCACCUUAUAUUUAUAA